AUGACCAAAGACGAGGAGAGGUACCAUCUCGCGCCUUCAAACGAUGAUGAAGAAUCAUUCCAAGACGAAGCAAUACCUCCCUUACGCUCGCGACAACAAAGAUGGCUGAGGCUCCAUUAUGCAUUCCUCACGUCCGCAUACAUACUCCUCGCCUUGCUUUAUGUCCUCCUCAUUGUGAAGCCUAACCACUUCCUUACAUCACAACAACCAGCAAAACUCACACACUGGUCUCUUGCAACCCCAUACCCAUCCCUCCACUCCGCCGGCGCUCUCGAAUACGAAUCUCGCACGCUACCGGUGAGCAUUCACAACAAUCCAUAUGCUGGCAAACCCCGCCCAGAACUCGAAGAAGCAUGGCACUACAUGUUUGAGCACACGAACAUCCGGGUCACGAAAGAGGAUCUUGACUACUAUAACGUGACAUCUUUACAGAUGACAGAUCUGAAUGGGAACGGUGGAUACUACGUCGGACAAAUGGGUCUUUUUCACGAGAUGCACUGCUUGAAACGUAUUCGACAUUACAUUUAUCGGAGGCAUUACCUGGCCAACUUCACGGAGGAGCGUUUGGUAGAAGAGGAGGCGCAUAUUGAUCAUUGUAUUGAGCUCAUGCGGGAGACGAUUUUGUGUCGUGGGGACCCAACGCUUAGUGGGUUUCGGUGGAUUGAUCCGAAUAAUCCUGAUGAGGCGCACCUGACGGUUGAUGCGCCCGGGUAUCAUACCUGUGUCAAUUGGGAGAAAUUACGGACAUGGAAUAACGAGCAGGCCGUUGACCCGUUUGAGCCUGGUGCUCUGGUUGGUCCAAAAGUGUGA